ACUAAAUAUAAAAAACAAUAAAUAAAAUAUCGCCAACAAAAGAAACAUGAGAAUUUACAUAAUAGGUUAGGUUUGAUCAAGAUAAGGUAAAUGAAAAGUGUAAAUUGAAAAAUACUCAAAAUUCAUUUUCGCAAUUGAUAUCAAUACCGGAAUCUUAAUUUUCUACGGCAAUACAUAGGACACGAUCAACUUCACCUAAUGCUCCAAGGUAUAAGUCGUGAAGUAAAGCAGCAAUUGGAGGAAUAUGUAACAAUUUAAAUAAAUCUUUGAAAUCUCUCAAAUUGUAUAGUUGUUUUUUAAAUAUAUUUAUUUCGAAAUCAUAAGUUUUAAAAGUACGUUAUAAAGAAAAUAUUUUCUUUAUAUGAAUCUAUACCUCGGUGGUAAUCCAAGAAUAUUAUUUGGGAAGUUAUCGAUCUUCCUGAGGCAGGGGGUGUGUCAAAAAAUUAACACAUUAUUUCUUUUUUUGAUGAUUUGGCCAUCAAUGCCGCCGUCAUCAAUAAAUUGGUAUAAACGCGUUUAUUGGAUGUAAGUUAUUAUGUACAUGAUGAAGAAAAAAUGAUAAAUACUUGUCGUAAGCUUACAGUUAUGGAAAUGUCAGCAAUAGUUCGUUUGAAAAUCCGCUUCCCUGCCAAACUAUCUAGAAGUAGGUGAGGUGUAUCUCUCUCGGCUGUUCAAUUCAGGAUUUGCACGAGCCCGAACAUCGCCGGGCUAAUAUACAUACGCUAAACAGCGAUAGAGAGUCGAACGGUUUGUUUUUUCGCUACUUACGUCAGAGCUAUGACUCAUGUUCGUUGUCGUUUAAGCUGAUAUAUCAGGUGUGUGUAUAUCGUAUUCAAAUGCUGUGUAUCCUCUUUCUUAUUUAUCCUGUUCUUUUGUAAAUGUAUGUGUAGCAUUUUAGAAUCAUGUCUCUUAUUUAAAUUAAUUUCUCUUCUGUUUUAAAAUUUUCGAAAUUAAAAGUGCGAUUGUUUAUUUUUGGUGCUGUUUCGAUAUUAUUGGCUUUGAAUGCAUGGCUGGUCUGCUCGUAAAAACCUUUUUUUUUAUGGUAGGCUAACAAUAUUCCGUUUUCUAUUGUCGUUUGUUGGUUGUUUCGGAAGUUAAAGUAAAAUAAGUUUUGUAAGUUUGAGUUUUAUCAGUCUUAAAAUAUUAUACAAAAAUAAAGUAGAAUAAUGCAAAUGAUUAUUUCAAAAUUUUAAGAAAAACUAAAAAGUCCGAUUGGCAUUUACUAUUUUUUGUUUUGUUUAGAGCUUUGAUUAUAAAGUUAUGAGGUCAAGUUGACCUUCGCUGUUGGAUGGUAACGGUUGUGUUUUGAUUAGAUAGAAAGAGUGAGAGUUUUUUUAAGAGAAAGGAGCGAUUGAGGUUAGAAAAAGAGGAAUAAUGGGAGAGUGAGGGGGAGUGAGAGAACAAAGAUAGAUAAGGGGUAAAGAAUCAGGCUAAGAAUAGAUGCAUAAAGUAAAAAAAAAGGGACAAGGACCCAGAGAGGUUAAGAAAAGAUAGACAAGGACAGCGAUAGGUGUAAAGUUAGCUGGAGCAAGAGCUACAGUAAUAGACAAAUACGGAAAUAUAAUACUUAAGGAAAACGGCAACGACGAUGAAAAUCAGACCUUUAGAGCGACAUCGCUUUCAGCGGAAACAUAGGUAGAAGAGGAAAAGGAAAUGGCAGGGGAAAAAGGGCUAAGACAAAGAAACCUAGCGGAAAGCUUUAAAAAGAAUGAGGUAAUAGGUAUUAAAAGAAAAAAAGAGAAGGCUAACAGAUUCAAAAGAGGUCACAUAAAUAGAUGUACACGUCACCAGUACUUCAGAAAAAUAAAAAAGAAGAACAGAGAAAGGGGUAGAUGAGCGAAGUCCUAAAGGAGCUGGGCGACAUCACAAAAAUAAUAAAGAAAGAGAAAUAAGGAAAAAAAUGAUUGGAAACUGGAAAAGGGGUGAGAGGCGUUGCCGUCGCGAUAUUCGUAUUAAAUGACUCCAAAAACCCCCAAGUAACAAAAAUGGACUUUUUUACAUCAAUAUUUACCAAGUGUUUUUGCUUCGCUCUUCUUUAAAAACAAUAUGGACAUAGUAAUUUUAUUUUUGUAUGAAAACGAUAUCGCUGUAAGCCAGUUAUAACCCAAUAUUCUUGGCUUAGAUAAGACAAUUUGCGAUUUCUACCAGGGUAAUGUUUCGUCAUUGAUUUUUAUGUUAUUUCCAAAGAUUUCUGUAAUUAUGUCUCCUUUUGAUAUUCCAUGUUAACAGGUAUUUCAAAUAAUUAAUUUUCUUGUUCAUAUAAAUUGAAACGUUUUCCAUCACCAACAUUUAAUAGCCAUUGUUUAAAAUUGUCAUCAUUGCAAGAUACUCAAAGGGUUUGAUUCAAUGUUAUGCGUCGAAAAUUUGUCCAUAAGUAGUUAUUCUUCACUGAAUUUUUGAUUACUUUAAUUCGACUAUCGUAUCGAGCUACUAGUAAUGUUUAUCUAAAAUCUCCUGAAACUAGCAUAGAUUUUUCACCAAACAUUACUUUUACGUCACAUGAAUCUUGAAAAGACGAUCAACAGCUUCAAAAGCAAAUUUUAAUGUCAUUGAUAUUUCAUCCCACAUUAUAAUUUGUACAUCUACAAGUUUUCUUUUAUUUAUAGAAUAAGGUUUUACAUUACAAUUUGUACAGUCAUUCAGUAUUAAUUUAAACGUUGUCUGUACUGUACUUUCAUUACUAAGUAAGUUCGCUGCAAUACUGGUCCAAGCAACACAUAAACAUGGUAGAUUUUGUGAUUUUAAGUAAUUUAUUAAAACAUUGAGUAAAUAACUUUGUCCACUCCCUCCUGGUCCAUCAAUAAAAAUACACUUAUCCUGUUUAUAAUUAAAACUUUCUAAAACUGCAUUAGAUAUAUUUUUUAUUAAUUUUAUGGGAUGCAAUUUUCUUUUGUAAUUCAUUUAGCAUAUUAGUUUCUUUAUACAAAAAUGUUGUAUUAUGAAAUUCUUCAAUGUUCAUUGUUAUAUUAGGAAAAUUAAAAUCACUUAACGUCAAACCGUUUGCUUGCAUUACUUAUUUAAUUUCGUUUAGUGCUAUAUUUUCACUUGUAUAUUUUUCAUAUUUAAGAUGAUAAAAAUUACUCUUAAAUUUCUCAUAUAAUUAUAAUGCAUUGAUAGGGUUAUGAAAAUUACAGAUUAAAGCAAACAAUUAACAUAGUACUGUUGGAAACUGUAUUUGUAUUGCUUCUUGUAAACAUUUAUCCCACUCUUCAUAUUCAUUGACAAGCUAUUUUGUUAUAGCAGCUUCAUAAAAUGUAGGUUAUAAAACCCUGUUAACGGUACGUGAAUUUUCAAAUGAGGUUGGCCCUUUAACAUGUAAUAGUAAUAAUCUGAUAAAGUAUUGUUCUCGGUCUUUCGGAUUUACUAAGUACAUUCUGCUUAAUAUUGGUUUAUUAGAUUUUUUCCUUUUGUUCUAUGUUUUUAGUUUUUCGGCAAAUGUGUAAUGUAUUGGUAUAUCAGAAUACAAAUAAUUUUUUGCAUCAAGAUCAUUUUGAUUUAAUUUAAAAAAUGCGGAUAAUGUUACUUCUAUUAUUUUAUUCUUACUUUAUUCUCUUUCCCUUUUUCAAAAUAUACAUAUUGUUGAUCUUUAUCGUGAAAAACUAAUCUUUUUAUAACUUGUGAAAUUUUGUGUAAACAAUAUUUUAAUAAUCUGUGCAUUAGCUCCAGGAGGACUUAAAUAUCUUGUAUUAAAAUACUGAUUGAUUUUAUUAUAUUUGUAUUCGUCUUCUUCCUUACUUAAAGUUUGAUGAUUUUUAUUGUUAUUAUCUUUUUCAAAAUUAUUAUCUUAUUAAUAAUAUUAUAAACUUAUUUUAAAUUCAAUACUUUAUCUCAUAUGUUAAAAAUUUUACAGAUAUAAUAGUAAAUUCUAAAAAACUAUUAAACGUCUAAAAAAACAUUAUAUUAAGCAUGAACACUUUUUCUUCGGUUCUCCGAUCCUUUAGGGUCACACUAUCUAUAAUUCUUAAUUUUAUUAGUAUUAGAGUGACCUCUUUGUAAUCUCAUUUGAAUCUCUUUUACAUUGCGUUUACUUUAUAUUAUUGUUAAGUAUAAGUACAUUUGUGCUAGUGCACGAGUCAGCGGUGUUCGUGUGAGCGCGUGAUGUAUGAGUGAGAGAGAGUGGAAAGGGAACUCUAGUUCCAGGGCGCUCGCUUGAAAGAGAGUUGUUAGGGACUAUAUAGAGUCCUCGGUAGUAGCAUCACGCUUAACAUAAUUAUUAUCUAGUCUUACAUUUUAUUAUAUUAAAUUACACUUAAUAAAUACUUAAUAGUGUAUUUAUUUUCCACCACCUUAUCAUGGUAGCAGAGCGUGGUUGAUGAAAUUGUAAUAAGUAAUAAAAGUAUCAAGAGAAGUGAUUAUAUUAAAAAAAAAUAAAAAAUAUCUGGACUAGUAAACAUCAAGAAAAUACAAAAAUGACGAAUUACGGUGAUUUUAAAAUACCAGUAUUUGAUGGAGAGAAUUACCAGAUGUGGAAAAUAAGAAUUACAAUGUAUUUGAAAAUGAAAAAAUGUGAAGAAAAUAUUAAAAGAAAAAAAACAGUAAGUGAUAAAGAGUCAUGGGAUGAAACUGAUUUGAAAGCAAUUAACUAUAUAUACAGCUCUAUUUCGGAUAGACAAAUGGAGUUUAUUUGUAAUGAGACAACGGCUUAUGGAAUUAUGAAGAAAUUUGAUCAGAUGUAUUUAAGAGAAUCUACGGCAAUGCAAAUAAUGUGCCGAAAUAAACUGGAAAAAUUAAGAUUGAAAAAUUAUAGUGAUACAGCAACGUUUUUCUUGGAUUUUGAAAAAUGUGUUAAUGAUUUGAAAAGUGCUGGUGCUACUUUAACAGAAAAAGAAAAAUUGAAUUAUAUCUUAAAUACAUUGCCGGAGUCGUAUAGCUAUAUAGGCGACUUAAUAGAUACAUUGAAAGAUGAAGAUCAAACGGCAGAAUAUGUGAAGAAUAAAAUUAAAAUGGCUGAACUGAAAAGUAAUAAAGGCGAAACAACCAUUAGAAAUUCGAGUGUAUUCGCAGUGAAUAAAAAUCAAAGACAAUGUUAUAAGUGUGGAAAUUUUGGACAUAUGAUGAAGGACUGUAAAAGUCAAGAACAAACAGAAGGACAAAUUUCAAAUAGUAGUUGGACUUGGAGGUCAACAAGAGGCUACAGAGGUUCAAGAGGAAGAGGUAGUCAUAGAGGAGCAAGGGGAAGAGGUGCUUAUAGAGGCGCACAUCACUCCCAGGCAGAAGCAAGCAACAAUCAAAACACAAGUCGCUGGAACGAGUCAAGCAGAGACGACAACACAGGAGCAUGGAUAGCCAAGGUCGAGCGGAAUACAGCUACUGCGUAUAAUAGUAAGGUAAAAGAUAAACAGUGUAGCGAAAUCGAUUGGAUUUUAGAUGGUGGUAGUACAGAUCACAUUGUAAAUAAUGAUAGUUACUUCGAGAGUUUUGAAAUAUUGAAAAGUCCGGUAAAUGUAUAUUUAGGUGAUAAUAAAACGGUAAAAGCGACAAAGAUAGGAAAUAUUGUAAGUUAUUUUGAUGCCUUUGGAAAGCAAUUUGAAAUUAAUAUGAAAGACGUUUUUUACGUUAAAGAUAUGAAUUUGAAUUUAAUUAGUUUUAGCAAAAUUACUGAUAAUUGUAGAAUUGUUUCGGAGAAAAAUUUAGCAAAAAUAUUUGAUAAAAAUGAAAAUUUAAUGGCAGUAGCAGAAAAGAAAAACGGACUAUAUCACAUGAAGAGUAAAAUUAAAAAAAAAUAAUUUGAUAGUAAAUUACUCAAAUAAAAAGAUUAGUAAUAUGAACUUAAAAGAAAAAUGGCAUAGAUUAUUAGAUCAUGUGCACUUUAAAUAUUUGAAUACCAUGUGUAAUAAGCAAUUAUUAAACGGAAUACCGAAUGGAUUAAAAGACGAAUUUUUGAAAUGUAAAACGUGUAUAGAAAAUAAAAUGCAUAAUGUACCGUUUAAAAAUAAUAGAUAUCGAGCGAAAGAUUUAUUAGAGAUUGUACAUACAGAUGUUUGUGGGCUUUUUCAAAAUACGGGCUUUAGAGGAGAAAAAUAUUUUAUUACAUUUAUAGAUGAUUACAGUAAGAUUGCGAGAGUAUACCCAAUAAAAUCUAAAGCAGAAGUGUGUGAGUACAUUAAAUAUUAUGUAAAUGAAUGUGAGAAUUUAACAGGAAAAAAAGUAAAAUAUUUAAGAUGUGAUAAUGGAAAGGAAUAUUUAAAUAAUGAAGUUUUUAAUUAUGCAAAAAGUAAGGGUAUCGUUAUUUCUCCGUGUCCUGUAUAUGUUCAUGAAUUAAAUGGUGUAGCAGAAAGGUUUAAUAGAUCGAUAAUGGAUAUGUCGCGUUGUUUAUUAGAAGAAGCACAGAUAAGUAAAGUAUAUUGGCCAGAAAUAGUUCAAGCGGCAACUUAUUUGAAAAAUCGAACGUUGACAAAUAAUAUUGAAGAGAAAACACCAUAUGAGAUAUUUUUCAGAAAAAGACCUGAUGUUUCACAUUUAAAAAUUUAUGGUAGUAAAGUCUUUGUUAGAAAGCCAGAACAGAAAAGAAUUUCAAAAUGGGAUAAAAAAGCUGAAGAAGGAAUUCUAGUCGGGUAUAGUGAAAAUGGGUACCGUAUAUUAAUAAAUAAUAAAAUUAUAGUAGCAAGACACGUGGAAGUUAUAGAAGAAAAGGAAAAAUGUAUCGGUUUAAAUAGCGAUGAAUCUGAUGAAGAUGAAAAUGAGAGUAAGUUUGAUAGCGAGGAAUCAAAUGAUGAAGUUUUUGAAAGCCCAAUCAAAGAUAAAAUUAAAAUUAAUGAACAUGAAAAUCAGCUAAAAAUUCCUAGAAGAUCAGAAAGAGUUAGAAGUAGUCCUGAAUAUUAUGAUGAAUAUAGAAUGAAAAAUAAAAUUGUUGCGAAUUUUUGCAAAACUGAUGUUCCUGCUACAUUUGAGGAGGCGAUUCAAUCGAAUGAGAGUAAAAAGUGGAUAGAAGCAAUGGAUAAAGAAAUGAAUAGUAUUAAAUUAAAUAAAACUUGGGAAUUAGUCGAUAGUAAAGAAAAAAGGGCCAUUGAUGUAAAAUGGGUGUAUAAUAAAAAAUCGAAUGGUACAUAUAAAGCUAGAUUAGUAGUUAGAGGUUUCCAACAAAGAGAUGAAGUAGAUGAUAUAUAUGCUCCUGUUGCAAAAAUGCAAACGCUAAAAAUCUUAUUAGUUUAUUGUUGUAAAGUGGGUUUGCAUAUAGAACAAAUGGACAUUGAGACAGCAUUUUUAAAUGGAAAAGUAACGUCUGAAGUAUAUGUUAAUCAACCUAAAGGAUAUGAAGACGGAACUGAUAGAGUGUGUAAAUUAAUAAAAGCAUUAUAUGGCUUAAAAGAAAGUCCCAGGGCUUGGUAUGAAUGUCCAGAUAAAUUUCUAAUAAAAUUAGGAUUUAUUAGAAGUAAUAUUGAUUAUUGCUUGUAUACAUUAAAAUUAAAAGAAAAUACUGUUUAUUUGCUUUUAUAUGUCGAUGACUUAUUAAUUUGUCGUAAAAAUAAAGAAAUAAUAGAAAAAGUAAAGAAAAUGCUGUCUGAACGAUUUAAAAUGAAAAAUCUCGGAAAAAUACGAGAAUAUUUAGGGAUUACCAUAAAAUACGAUGUGUUAUGUAAGGAAAUGAAAUUAUCGCAAAAAGAUUAUAUUAUUUCAUUAGCUGAAAAAUAUGGUGUAGAAAAUUGUAAAGCGUAUAAAACACCAAUAGAAGUAAACUUAAAACUCGAGAAAUCCGAUGAUUGUGAAAGAGAUAUCAAAUAUAGAAAUUUGAUUGGUGCUUUGUUAUAUAUAAGUUCGGCUACAAGGCCAGAUAUAAGUUUUGCAGUAAAUUACUUGAGUAGAUUUCAAAACUGCUAUAAUAAUACGCAUUUUAAAUAUGCUUUGAGAAUUUUAAAAUAUUUACAUGUGUCUCGAGAUUUAAGUUUAUCUUAUAAUGGAAAUAAAGUUUGUGAUAUACUUGAUUGUUACGUAGAUGCCGAUUGGGCAGGCGAUAAUAAUGAUAGAAAGUCAACAACCGGCUUUGUGAUACGAUUAUUCGGUAACGUUGUGUAUUGGAGGUCAAGAAAACAAAAGCCUGUUACAAAAGCGUCAACAUUUGCCGAAUACGUUGCUUUAUCAGAAGCAGUAACUGAAAUUAAACUAGUCACAGAGUUAUUAAAAUGUUUUGAUAUUAAAUGUAGAAAACCAGUGAAUAUAUAUGAAGAUAACACUGGAGCAAUUAAUAUAGCAACGUACGGCAAUUUUACUAAAAACUCUAAACACAUAGAAGUUCAUUAUCAUUUUGUACAUGAGAGCGUAAAUGAAGGUAAAAUAAAUAUUGUAAAAGUCGAUACAAAUGAAAAUAUUGCUGAUAUAUUUACGAAAUCAUUAAGUAGAGAAAAGCAUGAAAAAUUUUGUAAAAAGUUAAAUUUGAAAUAAAUGAUAAUAUUGUAAAAUAGCACAAAUGUAAGGAGGCGUGUUAAGUAUAAGUACAUUUGUGCUAGUGCACGAGUCAGCGGUGUUCGUGUAAGCGCGUGAUGUAUGAGUGAGAGAGAGUGGAAAGGGAACUCUAGUUCCAGGGCGCUCGCUUGAAAGAGAGUUGUUAGGGACUAUAUAGAGUCCUCGCUAGUAGCAUCACGCUUAAUAUAAUUAUUAUCUAGUCUUACAUUUUAUUAUAUUAAAUUACACUUAAUAAAUA